AUGGUGAGUCUGGUACCGGUGGAAGAAGGAGACGCAGCAGGGGCCUCCACCUCUUCCGACGACAACAUUCCUUCAGACCAGCAGAUUCAGAAACUUCAACAACAAAUCAGCAGACAGUUCGCUACUGAUGAUUACAAGGGUGCAGUGUUCGCCUGUGAAGAACUCUGCAGUCUGAUCUCCGCUAAGUACGACGAGCUACAUGAUGAGUGCGCAGGUCCGUACUACCAGUAUGCAACGGCGCUGUUAGAAGUUGCACGUGAUGAGAAUCAGAUAAUGGCCACCAGUAGGAUCGCCCCGGGGGAGGAGGAAGACGAGGAGGAAGGACCGGACUCUACUGGACGAAAUGAUAAUGAAGCAGGGCCAGCUCAAGAGGAGGGAGAGGGAGGAGAAGAAGGAGAAGAGGAAGAUGUUUGUUCACUCCAGAUCGCAUGGGAAGUUUUGGAACUUUCCAGAGUUAUUUACUCUAGACAGGUGUCUCCCGAAGCUCAGAGGAAACUUGCAAAAGUGAAGAUUAAACUCGGAGAGGUUGAUAUGGAAAAUGAAAAGAUGGACGAAGCAGCUGUUCACUUUACAGAAGCAAUAGAACACUUUAUCUCUUCUGGAGAGCAGCCUGAUUCAAGAGAGAUCAGUUCUACCUACUACAUGAUGGGGCUGUCUGCUAGUUUGGAUCAGAAGUACGAGGACGCUAUCAAGCACUUCUCUCAAUGUAGUCGACUCAUGGCCUCCCAGAUAUCAAACUCUCAGGGGCCAGAGAAAGAGUCCCUGCACGAGAUGAAGAGUGAAGUUGAUAAGAUGGUAUCGGAUUGUAAAGAAUCUUUGAAACAUCUGGAGCAGUACCGUAAACUUAUCCCUACUCAGAGCACAGCAGCUGUAGCCGCAGCAGCAGCAGCAGCAGCAGCUAGUGGCAGCUGUGACUCCUCCUCCUCCUCCUCCUCUUCAACUCCUCAUCCUGCCUUUUCAGCCUCUUCUUCUGCCUCCUCCUCCUCAGCCCCUACUCGGGUUGCUUUCUCAGCCCCUUACUCAGAUCGUACCCCUCACCCUGCUUUCUCAGCCUCCACAUCCUCUUCCUCAGCUCCUCACCCUGCUUUUUCAGCCUCCUCCUCUUCAUUGAGUGCCUCCUCCUCCAUCCCUUCUUCCUCCUCGACUAGCUCCUCAUCAGCAUUCCCUGCCUCCUCCUCCAACGCCCCAGUUUCCAACAUAUCACACUUGGUCCGCAAGAGACCUGUGUCCCAGCCGGUGCAGCCUAUGUCCCAUGCUGCACCCUCAUCUACCAGUGAAAUCAGUGCUAAACUCAGUGUGAAACCAACAGUGCGAGUAUCACCCAUAGUCAGCAGUUCCACCUCACCAAGCUCCACAAACAGACAAACAAACGGACAAACCCGGACACAGCCAGCCAGUACCACCCGGACUCAACCUGCCAGCACCUCUAGUAGCGUGAUAACGUCCAGUAACGGGGCUAGAAGGGCGCCCCGAGCUGUGGUUCAGUCCAGUGAGGCCCAGUCUAGUGGCACUCCUGCUCAGAGUGGCACUCCAGCUCACGCUGUCCACCCCACCAGCUCUUUCAGUAGUCAAAGAAAUGGCGUGAGUUCUACGUCUCAGCUGGAAAGCAGGCUCGCUGGAUCUACAAGUGGAUUUCAAAGAGCCGGCUCCACUUCAAAUGCCGGCUCCACAUCAGGACUUCAGUUCAGACAGGCUGGCUCCACUAGUGGCCUUGAAGCUAGACUCGCUGGCUCGACCAGUGGAUUCGAAGGACGAGUUAGUGGAUCUCAGCGACAAGUUGCCACUGUUUCUUCCGUUCAGCGUGAGGAGGCCAUCUCGUCCAGCUCUGAUUUCAAACGACCGGCUGAGGAGGUAGAGGACAUGGCUAAUAACGAGGCUAAAAGGAGCAAGCAGUAGUGUGCGAAACAAUUUGAAACUAUCGUAGCUAAUAAAUUUUUAUCAUUUUUAAAUUUAAUUGCUGUAAGUCCUGACCAGUAUACGCACGCCGUGGCAAGAAAGAGAGUGAUAGUCAAGCGAAUGGAUUAUUUUCUGGUUUUUAAUUUCAUUGUUAUUUAAUGCUAUGUUGAUACGUAUAAAAUCUCAUAAAUAUUACUAUUACUAUUAUGUGCGAAGGCGCACGGUGCAAAACGUAGUUGAGUUUUUGGCACUUUUAUUUGUACCCAGUGCGGGAAAUAGCGGCACGCGCGGCCGCCGAACCAGUUUUACAAAUUGUAAUGCUCAAGUUUAUCACAUUUGCACGUGUGUUUGCAUCAAGUUUA